AUGGCGAGCGACAUCCGCGCAAAGGCGCUGCAGAAGAUAGCUUCGCUGUCGGCGGCCAGUUCCACCACCUCGUUCGACCGCUCCGACCUUGACAAGCUGUGCCGGGCAUGCCAUGCGGGAGGCAGGGGGAGAGAGUACGCCCAUGGAGGAUACAGCGCGAAGCAAGCCGGCUCGCUGGGCCGCGUGCCCAUGUCGAUUCGCGAGUUCGAGGUCCUGCUGGCCCUGUGCAAGACGGCGCCCAGCAUUCAAUCGGCCCAGAGCGCGCAGAGGCUCUCGUUUCAGCUCAUCCCUUACGUCCUCGAGGCGCACUCCCAAGUCUUCGUUCCGUCGCCCUUCUUCCGCCGCAUCGAGCCGUCGCCGACCGAGUCCCUUUCCUUCCACACCACGGGCGCUCUGCUGGCCCUUGGCCUGAAGUUCGCCGACCUCAGGGAGACAGUCACGGACGGGAUUUGGGCCUUCACCAACUCGUGCAGCCGGACCAUCGAGUCGGUCAUCUCCCCGCACGCCAGCGACCCCGAGAACCCGCCCAUGAACGAGGCUGUCCGAACAGCCACUAUCGCGCUUGCCCUGCUGGGUUUCUUGGAUGCGGCUUCUGCCCAGGCCGAUUUUUGGAAGGCUGGAGGCCGCCUGGGUCUCAUACAGAAGAUUAAGCAGCUCCUGUCUGAGCAAUUCCUCGUCGCCGUGGAGACGGCCCUUUCGACCAUCCGCAACACCCACAGCCAGGAUCGCGAGGCGAAGGAAUGGAAGAGGCUCCUUCGCCACUACGCUUUGGCGGGGAGGCCGCUCGGCGCGACGCUCCUGCAGCGCAGCUUCAUGUGGCUGGUGCUUUCAAGCACCUCUCUCAUGGUCGCCGACGGCCCGGCUUUGAGGAAGACCCACAUCCUGGACCUGCUCAUGUCGGGUGCAGGCACUGUUCAGCCCGAGGCUGGCCAGCUACUUGACGGCGAUCUGCGCUCCAUUGAGGUGUAUGCGGGUAUGGCUGUCGAGCAGAUGGAGUACCUCGAGGCCGGUGCCGACUUUGUCCGUCUCGGCUCAUCGCAUCAGCAGAAGCUGGCCUUUGCCGUGAAGUCUGCAGCCCUGAUCACGUAUCUGAACUGCUCACUCCUCGACGAGGAGGCCGCGGAUGGAGAUGUGCUCAUGACUUGGCUCCAAGAGACCCUCGAAGACGAGGUGCAGAUGGCCGACCAUGGCUUGGCCUCCGUCGUGCUUCGAUGCUUGGCUUUAAUCUGCCGUGUCUCGCCCGACUUCUCCGGUACUGUCAGCCGCAUCUUGCCGCGGUUCCUUGUUCAAACUACACCGCACGGAUCGACUGUUCGCGUGGCGUCGGACAGCCUGGCCUAUGUUCUCAAGAUGCUGUCCAAGGACGCCGUCAUUAGCAUCUUGUACACGCUUGGCAACGUUCUUAGUCCUGAGUUAGGGGGCGCUAUCACCAACGGCCAAGUUAAUGGCACGGCUGGCGGCGAUGGGGUCGCAGGCGCGGUGUAUGCUGGCCGCCCUUCAACUGGUAGCUCCAUCUCUCUUCUGAUGGACGGCGAGGAGGAGACGGCUAUUGUGUACGGCAACAUCGUGCAUGCCAUCUGCCGCAUUGCAGCGGCGUGUGAGGAUGAGAAAAUCACGGCCCUGGCCCAGUCUAUGCUCCUCCAGAAGCUCGACAAGGUCAACGCCAGUGUCGAUGCCCAAGUCAUCUCCGGGGCAGCAACUUUGGCGCUCCAUGGCGGCCCGCUAGAGUUCCGAGCGCUGCUGAAGAUGUACAGCAGGAUAUGCCACAUUGGCGUCGUGGAUGGGAAAGAGUUCUUGCUGGCUGCGGUUAUGAAAGCGAGGACGCACAUAUCGGCCAACCUGAAGCGCGACUCUCAGCUCUUUGACAUCUACUGGGAGCACCUUGCGGAUAGCAUCAUUUCUCUUGGUGACGCCGAGACAUCCACUCAUACCAAGGAAUCCGACAUGCAGCUCGUGGCGCAGGAGAUUGGCGAGCUUCUGCGUCCACUGGCCGUCUUCAUGGCCAGCAAUGACCUCGCGUCUGAGCCUCUGGCUGACGAGGAGGCGUACUCAAUGUUGAGAGACGCCUGGUUCAACAUUGCCGUGCAUGGUUUCACAGCCGGCACGGAUCGCGCCAAGAUUUACAUGGCUGAGCUGCGCACCAUUGCCAUCCAUUCCCCUGCGCUAGUCGCCGGCGAGCGAGGAGAACAGGUUGAGAGUGACAUUGAGCUCAACACCGUCCUGCGACGCGGCAACAGCGGCGAACGAGAGGCCAUGCAGAAGAAGCUCCUCACUGAGCUCAUACCGUCCAAGGCAGCUGAUAUUAAGAACCUGAGCUACCGAAAAGUCAUCUUCCUGCAAGCGGCGUAUCUCGUCGAGACCCUGCGAGCCGAAUCAGGCGACUGCACCAAGGUCCUCACCUACUUCCUCGAGCCGAGCAUGCGCAAGAUCGAGGUCAACAACACCAUGGAGGGGAUCGCAUCUGCCGUCAUCGACAAGUAUCUCAAGAAGACUCUGGCAGGCACCGACCCCAACUUCUCGGCACAGUAUGCUGCCACGCAACUUGCAUCAAUCUUUUGCCGGUGCUGCCAUCGCAUCGAGCGAGUGCAGCAGGCCGCGUUCAACAGCGCGGACCGUAUCAUCCGGGAAGUGCCCUCUGCUCUCUGUAACAGGACUCCGCUUUUUGCGCUCUUGGAGCUCCUCUCGCUCAUGUGGUCGAGCUGCCUCGAGGCUGAGACCGACCUCUACACGCCUCGGUCCACCUUUUCCUCGUACCUUGGAAAGGUCACACUCGAGCUUUCUGAUGACUACGAAUUCCGGCGCUGGACUCUGGAUAUCCUGAACCGCAAGGCAAAGGCAUGGGUUAACUCUGUCAUCAACCUCGCUCCCUUGGAUGUCAAGGGCCUGCUGCAGACAUACCUAUCUGAGCUUGACGACGACGGCGCGUACGGGCACAUCUCGCUCGGCAGGUCCUUUGCUUUGGAGCUGGGAUCCGUCAUCCCCUUGACUAACAAUCGCCUGCAAUCGCUUGACCGAGUUGGAGACUGCAACAUUAACACGGCAUCUGAUUUUGUCGCCCAGUACACGACACGUCAGGAGUACCGUUAUGGCGAGGCGCUCCCGGACCGCGGCAACGAACUUAUCAGCUUCAUGACAAUGAGCCGCAGGUCGUCGUUCGCACAGUCCUCCGUGAUGGAGAGUGCGAAUGCGUCCACCGCGCUGGCUCACGUCGAGGCACGCAUCCUGAGCAAGAAGUCAACUCCCUUGGUGGAGGUGCGAGACAUUCUCAGGCGCGCAGCUGCCUUGCUUUGCCGAAGUCGACGUGACGAGUCGGCCGUGGCGCGCUACCUUGUCAGCAUCCCUUUUGCACUCUUCACCAAGCAAUCUACCAAGCUGGGUGUGUCGCUUUGGCUCGGUGUCAUGAAUGAGAAUCCACGACUGGAACCAAAAAUGCUAACGAGCAUCGCCCAACAAUGGGAGUUCACAAUCUCUCGCCGAGUCGGACUUUUCAGCCCUACUUUGACACACCCAGACCCCUUCUUCCUACGGGAAGAGUUUGCACCCAGUGAGCUUGAGGCCCUCGCGAAGAAACGACAGCAGGUGCAUGACGUGCUUUCACCGCAUACUCGCCUCUUGCAAUUCUUCACCAGCCACUUCAAUGCUACGCGCCUUGGCAGCCCCGACAUUCAGAGAGUGUUCCUUCGCAUGCUUGACCUAACAAUGGAUGCCCUCAAGGAUGCCACGGCCCAUCCCAUGGCAAGAGAGGUGCGGUUCCACAUCGUCCUGCUCGGACUGAAGGUCCUGCGUGCCAGCACCACCCUUGGGGCCGCUGCCCAGUGGCGACUUAAGGAGAAGAUCCUCUCGGCAGGCCUCAGCUGGUUCAGGAACUCGCCCAGGUGGUCGUUUGGCAGCAACAUCCUUCAGCUCAAGACUGAAGUCCGACUGAUCUCAGACGUUCUCGCUGCCCUGAAGCUGGUGUCCUUUAUUGGAGCGCACACCGUCGGCAAUGUCACGUCCCUGCAGCCCAAAGAGCAGCUGCUUCAGCUGCUGUUGGAGAAUGAACAAAACCGACUCAGUGUCUGGAUCAACCCCUUGAACCACCAUCAUAGCGGUGCAUUUUCGACGCAUAACCCGUCAAAGAGCCACGUCGAGACUGCACUUCUUCCACUCGUACGUGUUGCGUGGUGGCAAGAUCCUGCCAUCGCAAUUGAGCUUGCCACGAGGUUUCCCCAUGCCCGCCUUCAAAGGGAGGUUAGGAUGCUGCUUCUCAACAUGCCUGAAAAGGCAGUGUCAGAGCCGGAGGCGCUGCCUCUCAUAUUUGGCGGCCAUCUGCCAGACGAUGUCAACUCACAGCUGAAGGCGAGUGACCCUGGAGACAACACUGGCCUUGCGCUAACCUCUUCGCAGUAUCUCUUGUUCUGGGAGUCAAUGAACCCGCUCACCGCCGUGACUCUAUUCUUGCCGGCGUACAAGGACCACCCGUUCCUCAUUCAAUACGCAAUGCGCGCGCUUGAAAGCCACUCUGUCGACAUCACGUUCUUCUACGUCCCACAGAUCGUGCAGACGCUCAGAUAUGACAAUCUGGGAUAUGUCGAGCGGUACAUCCUGGAAACUGCCCAAUUCUCCCAGCUGUUUGCGCACCAGAUCAUCUGGAACAUGAAGGCAAACAUGUACAAGGACGACGACGCCCAGGUCCCAGACGAAAUCAAGCCGACACUCGACUCUGUCAUGGAGAAGAUGGUGAACAGCUUCGCUGCCGAAGACAAGGAGUUUUACGAGCGAGAGUUCUCCUUCUUCGACGAAGUCACGGGCAUUUCGGGCAAGCUGAAGCCGCUCAUCAAGCGGCCGAAGCCGGAAAAGAAGCAAAAGAUUGAGGAAGAGCUGCGCAAGAUCAAGGUUGAGGUCGGCGUGUACCUCCCUAGUAACCCGGACGGCGUCGUCAUCGGCAUCGAUCGCAAGUCUGGAAAGCCUCUGCAGAGUCACGCCAAGGCGCCUUACAUGGCAACCUUCCGCAUCAAGAAGACCAUAGGCUCAACCGAAGACGCCAGGGAGGUGGUCGAGGAGGCCAGCAAGAAGGCGGAGGAGCCGCAGGAGAACACCGUCGAAGUCUGGCAGUCGGCCAUCUUCAAGGUGGGCGACGACUGCAGACAGGACGUGCUGGCGCUGCAGAUGAUUGCUGCGUUCCGCGGCAUCUUCCACAAUGUCGGGCUGGACGUCUACGUCUUCCCGUAUCGCGUCACCGCCACGGCCCCCGGCUGCGGCGUCAUCGACGUGCUGCCCAACUCCAUCUCCCGCGACAUGCUCGGGCGCGAGGCCGUCAACGGGCUCUACGAGUACUUCGUCUCCAAGUACGGCAACGAGGACUCGCUCCGCUUCCAGCAGGCGCGCAACAACUUUGUCAAGUCGAUGGCGGCCUACUCGGUCAUCUCGUUCCUGCUGCAGUUCAAGGACCGCCACAACGGCAACAUCAUGAUCGACGACGCGGGCCACAUCCUGCACAUCGACUUUGGCUUCUGCUUCGACAUUGCGCCCGGCGGCAUCAAGUUUGAGCGCGCGCCCUUCAAGCUCACGAGCGAGAUGGUGGCCGUCAUGGGCGGGUCCAUGGACCACCAGAGCUUCAAGUGGUUCGAGGAGCUCUGCGUAAAGGCCUUCCUCGCCAGCAGGCAGUACUGCGAGAAGCUCAGCCAGAUCGUCCUGCUCAUGAUGGACAGCGGCCUGCCGUGUUUCAAGCCCGAGAGCGUCAAGCACUUCCGCGAGAGGUUCGUCCUCGACAAGACGGAGCGCGAGGCCGCCACCUUUAUGAAGGACCUCAUCAAGAAGAGCUACUCGAGCUACAGCACAGGCGUCUACGACCAGUUCCAGCUGCUGACCAACGGGAUCCCAUACUAA